AUGAUCCAACAGCCCACAGACCUGCCCCCAGAAGUCCCAACACAGAGCUCAUAUUAUUUCAAUGAUGAAUUCUUUUGUUUGGAUGCCCUACAAUCUCUGAUACAGCCAGAGGCACACAUCAAUACUGGAAAUCAGUUCAGUAAUAUUGACGCCGAUAUGAGAAUUCCACAAGAAUGGAAUAUUCAGCCCAUGGCAUCACAAGAACCUUCUUCUCAUGGAACCCCUAGAUAUUUGGAGUCCCAAAAGAACUAUAAUCAAGCCAACAGUGUACCUCAUUCUCACCUGUAUGACAAUAGCUUGGAACAGCCUACGUGGUCAAUGAAUUCUUUUCGCCAGGAUAUUAGUAACUUUGGUGUGUCCACAUCAAAUCCUUCUGUGUGGGAUAACAACUUCAAGGAAACACAACAGACCCGGAAAUGGACACAACUUCGGUGA